AUGGCCCCACAGCAAACAGGUAGCAGGAAGCGGAAAGUGCCCGUCAUCGAGGAGGCCGCCGAGAGCUCCUGGUUGCAGGAAGUGGCGCCGGCGGACGGCGAGGGCAUGCUACUACCCAAAAAGCAGAAGCGGCAGGCAACGCGGCCUUCGCUGGUGCACUACCUGAAGGGCCGCGAGGUGGGCGCGCGGGGUUGCGCGGGGCUACCGAGCUUCGAGGGCGAGCUGCGCGGCUACGCGGUGCAGAAGCUGCCCGAGCUGCUGCGCGAACGGGAGCUGGUCCUAGGUCCCCUCAACAAGGUGUUUGCUUCGCAGUGGCUGAACGCCAGGCAGGUGGUGUGCGGCACCAAGUGCAACACGCUCUUCGUGGUGGACGUGCAUUCGGGCCAGAUCACGCGAGCCGGACUGGCCCGGGCCCAGCCGAGCUGCGGCAUCCACACCAUUGAACUGAAUCCCUCCAAGACGCUUCUGGCCACCGGCGGCGAGAACCCCAACAGCCUGGCUGUCUACCAGCUACCCACCCUGGACCCCUUGUGCCUGGGUGACCGCCACGGCCAUAAGGACUGGAUCUUCGCCAUCGCCUGGAUGAGUGACACAGUGGCUGUGAGCGGUUCCCACGACGGCACCUUGGCGCUAUGGAAGAUGGAUCCCGACAUGUUUAGUGGCAGCAUCGCCUGGCACAAUGACGCGGGACUCCCGGUGUAUGCCCACACCCGUCCAAGGGACGUGGAGACCAUCCCUAGGGCGAGCACCAACCCCAGUAACCGCAAGGUGCGGGCCCUGGCCUUCAGUAGCAAGAACCAGGAGCUGGGAGCAGUGUCCCUAGAUGGCUACUUCCACCUGUGGAAAGCCCGGAGCACCCUGUCCAGGCUGCUGUCCAUCAGGCUGCCCUACUGCCGGGAGAACGUGUGCCUGACCUACUGCGAUGAGUUGUCCCUGUAUGCGGUGGGCUCCCAGUCCCACGUCUCCUUCCUGGAUACGCGCCAGCGUCAGCAGAACAUCCGGCCCCUGCGUUCCAGAGAGGGCGGCACUGGCGUGCGCUCCUUGAGCUUCUACCAGCACAUCAUCACGGUGGGCACCGGCCAUGGCUCCCUGCUCUUCUAUGACAUCCGCGCCCAGAAGUUCCUGGAUGAGAGGGCCGCGGCCAGCCUGGACUGCUCUCCUCUGGGUCCUGCAGGGAAGAAGCUCAAGCUCACCUGUGGCAGAGGCUGGCUCAACCACGAUAACCUGUGGGGGAACUACUUAGGUGGCAUGGACGAGUUCCCCAAUGCGCUUUACACCCACUGCUACAAAUGGCCUGAGAUGAAGCUCUUCGUGGCUGGGGGACCUCUGCCUUCAGGCCUCCAUGGGAACUACGCAGGCCUCUGGAGCUAA